GACAGCUGCGUUUUAUGAGUUCUUCGACACUCUUCUUCUCUCCUCUCUCCGAAUGCGAAGCAGAGAGCCAGAAGCAGUAAAACCCUAGUGGAAUAAUGGUGAAGCUCACGGCUGAUUUGAUCUGGAAAAGUCCUCACUUCUUCAAUGCCAUCAAGGAACGAGAACUGGAUCUACGAGGUAACAAGAUUCCUGUAAUCGAGAACUUGGGUGCUACUGAGGACCAAUUCGAUUCAAUUGACCUGUCUGAUAAUGAGAUAGUCAAGCUAGAAAACUUUCCAUACCUCAAACGCUUAGGAACUUUGAUCAUAAACAACAAUCGGAUCACCCGAAUAAAUCCUAAUCUUGGAGAAUUCCUACCGAAGCUUCACUCUUUGGUUCUGACAAAUAACAGGCUUGUGAAUUUGGUUGAAAUUGAUCCCCUUUCCUCCAUUCCAAAGCUGCAGUACCUUAGUUUAUUGGAUAAUAAUAUCACCAAGAAGCCAAAUUAUCGCCUUUAUGUGAUUCACAAGCUGAAAUCACUACGAGUGCUGGAUUUCAUAAAAGUCAAAGCCAAGGAGAGAGCUGAAGCUGCGGCUUUGUUUUCAUCCACGGAAGCAGAAGAGGAGGCUAAGAAGGUUUCUCAGGAGGAGGUUCAAAAAGUCUCAGAUACUACAGAACAACCAGAGACUCCGAAGGUGGUGGCCCCAACACAGGAACAAAUUUUAGCGAUCAAGGCUGCAAUUAUCAACUCCCAGACGAUAGAAGAAAUUGCCAGACUCGAACAGGCUUUGAAGUUUGGCCAGGUUCCUGCAGGCCUGAUAAUUCCUGAUCCUGUUCACUCCAACGUAGCCACAAAAGACGGGAAGCCUGCCUCUGGGGGUAAUGACGGUUCUGGUCCUAUGGAGGAAUAGAAAGCGUGGCAGUUGCUCCUGCAAUCGUGGUAGCAGUCCCGGCUCUAACCAUGCAAAUCAUGUUUGUAAUUGGUCCAACGCCCAGAUUUUAUAUGUUGUUUAUGUUUCAAAAUUUGAUUAGAAAAGAAAAGGCACAUUUAUCUUU